CGUGGGGUCUAUCUAGGCACAUGGAAUAAACGAACUAUUGUUAUAUUAUUAGUAAACUUUACGAGGGCGCAAUAGUUAACAUAGCUAGAAUAAAGGAGGCCUAUUGCCCUGCGCCUUCAAAAAUGUAGACAAAAACUACAAGUUCAGAAGUUAAGAGAAAACUAUCCACCAAUAAUCCAAAUAUGUCGCCGUUCAUCCACCUGAAUCCUUCGGCGCAGGAGUGGGUAUAUGACUCCGUCGGCGCGCAGGGCGGGAGCCAGGAGGCAACAAUCCUUGCAUUCCACAAGACUCUGCCGGACUACAACGAGACGCGACUACAUUCUCUACCGGACCUAGCAGCGGAGCUAGGACUCGGGAACGUGUUAUUAAAGGACGAAUCCAACCGGUUCGGUCUACCAGCAUUCAAGAUCCUGGGCGCAUCAUGGGCCGUAUAUCGCGCUGUAGGAUCGCAUCUAGGGCUAUCGGUAUCGGACGGGAGCGCACCCCUCGCAGAUGUAGGCGCCAAGGCCCGAGAGGUAGGGGUCCGGGUCGUGACGCUCACGGAAGGGAACUGCGGCCGGGCUGUAUCACGGAUGGCCGCGAAAAUCAUGGGGAUUCCAACAAAGGUUUUCGUGCCUAAGUAUAUGGAUGAACGGACCCGGAACAAGAUCAGGAGCGAGGGUGCCGAAAUUAUUGAAGUGGAUGGGAGUUACGAUGAUGUGAUACCCGUGGCGCAGCGUGAAGCCGAAGCCAGCGAUAAAGCGAUUUUAAUUCUGGAUGUCCUGGAGUUGACGGGCGGGAAGCCGGCCACCCAUGCGAUCGUCCCUGUCGGCGCCGGAUCUAUAGGGGAGGCCGUCACAGCACACUUCAAAAGCGCCUCUCGGAGGAAACAAUUUGGCCCGGCAAAGGUUCUCUCUGUAGAGCCUACAACCGCAGCGUGUCUUCUGGAGUCGCUUAAAGUGGGCAAGAGCAUUGCGGUGCCGACGGAAGAUACUAUCAUGUGCGGGAUGAACUGCGGUACACUAUCUACCACUGCAUGGCCUGUACUGAGAGAUGGCGUAGAUGCGAGCAUCGUGGUGACAGACUUGGAGGCGCAUAACGCGGUGCAGGAACUCGAGGCUCGGAGUAUACUUGCUGGACCUUGUGGCGCUGCUACUCUAGCUGCGCUUAGAAGAGCGUGUACGGAUGCGAAGCAGGAGCUAGGGCUUAGUGACACUUCGAUCGUGGUGUUAUAUUGCACCGAAGGGCCGAGGGAGUAUCCAGUACCGUCAUCAUGAGAAAGGGAGAUAGGGAGUGAAUUGGUUUUCUUUUUUCUUUUAAUCUGAUACAAGCAUGUACGAGCUUCCAUCUGAUGGCUCGUGACUUUUUGUACAUAUAUGUACAUGUGUAGUUAGGAGUUGACUUUCGGAAUACUAUAUAACCGAUGUCCCUAAAUACGAGCAGUCUUGACUUGACUUAUUGCUUCAAGACAAACUUUUGUCUGCCUGGCUGGUUCUUCUCCCCGCUUGUAUACUCAUACAGGCUCCUCCCAUCUUUACUUCACCUUACUUCCUCGGGGAAGAGUAAUCCGGCAUCAUGGCGCCGUGUAGAUAUCGUCGCUACUCUGUCAGCCCCCUCAAAAACCCAUACUAUAGAGAAAGUUGAAAACCUGCAACUUCAUAUGGCC